AUGGAGCCGUUUUCAGAUUACGUUACGUACAGUUCAGCUCCAUCUUCAAGGCCAAUGGCAGAGAACGAGAGCAGGAACAUGCUCGUCAGGGAUCAGAAGCUAGGUUCUCAGGCAAGGAUGGAAGACCCUCUUCAGGGAGAAUUUCCGAGAGAAGUUCUCGAUCAAGACACAACGACGAGGGCAGCCUUCUGCAUGUCUCUUCUGACACAGAAACAUCUACAAGACUUCCUCACGUCGCACUUGAGUGCCAUUACAGAUUUCGAAAGCAAAGUUAGGAGAAGGCUGUCAAGAUUCCAAGUUUCUAUCAACGUUGUGCAGAACAGACUAGCUAUGUACAAGGCCUCCCAAAAAUUCUCGAGCACAAGGGCUGUAGCUAGCAAGAAUGCUCAUGCAGAAGCAAGUCGACCGCAGCAAACGCUGCCCUACUCUGAGUACGAGAAGCUGGAGUUUGUCAACCGCGAGCUCACGCGGAAGCUUGGGUCGUCUCUCAAGUACAAGAUAGAGUGCGAGGAGCUUCGACAAGCUAUCGAUGGGUGUUGGACCAAGAUCGCAGAGCUGGAAGGAGAGAAUCGGCACCUGAGGGCUGAGAACAGCAGGCUGUCGAGCGAGAUGCUCCGUCCCAUUCAGUGGGCUCCUGAUCAGCAGCUUGUUGCUGCGAAUCAUGCAGAAGUUUAUCAGGCAAACCAUGAGAACUCUGUAAGGCAGUCUGCGGACGAGAUCUUUCAGUUGCGAGCAGAGAUGGCAGAGGGACGUCGAGAGCUCUACAAAGUCACUGCAAUGCUGGAGAUGUUCAAGGAAGAGAAUAUGGCGUUGCAGGAGAAGCUCGAAAACGCAGAGAGCAAGGUCAAGGUGUUAGUAGAAAGAGGUAUAAAUAUGUGA